AUGACCUACACGUUCAGUAGCACCGUAAACUACACGUUCAGUAGCACCGUGACCUACACGUUCAGGAGGCACCGUGACCAACACGUUCAUAGCACCGUGACCUACACCUUCCCUUUCACCGUGGCCCACACCUUCCCUUACACCGCGACCCACACCUUCCCUUUCACCGUGGCCCACACCUUCCCUUUCACCGUGGCCCACACCUUCCCUUUCACCGUGGCCCACACCUUCCCUUUCACCGUGGCCCACACCUUCCCUUACACCGCGACCCACACCUUCUCUCACACCGUAACCCACAUCUUCCCUUGCACCGUGGCCCACACCUUCCCUUGCACCGUGACCCACACCUUCCCUCACACCGUGGCCCACACCUUCCCUUACACCAUGGCCCACACCUUCCCUUGCACCGUGACCCACACCUUCCCUCACACCGUGGCCCACACCUUCCCUUACACCAUGGCCCACACCUUCCCUUGCACCGUGACCCACACCUUCCCUCACACCGUGGCCCACACCUUCCCUUACACCGCGACCCACACCUUCCCUUACACCGCGACCCACACCUUCCCUCACACCGUGGCCCACACCUUCCCUUACACCAUGGCCCACACCUUCCCUUGCACCGUGACCCACACCUUCCCUCACACCGUGGCCCACACCUUCCCUCACACCGUGGCCCACACCUUCCCUUACACCAUGACCCACACCUUCCCUCACACCGUGGCCCACACCUUCCCUUACACCGCGACCCACACCUUCCCUCACACCGUGACCCACACCUUCCCUCACACCGUGGCCCACACCUUCCCUUACACCAUGGCCCACACCUUCCCUUACACCAUGGCCCACACCUUCCCUUGCACUUUGAACAACACCUUCACUCACACCGUAACCCACACCUUCCCUUACACCAUGGCCCACACCUUCCCUUACACCAUGGCCCACACCUUCCCUUGCACUUUGAACAACACCUUCACUCACACCGUAACCCACACCUUCCCUUACACCGCGACCCACACCUUCCCUCACACCGUGGCCCACACCUUCACUUGCACCACGACCCACACCUUCCCUUACCAGGACCCACACCUUCCCUUACACCGUGGCCCACACCUUCCCUCACACCGUGGCCCACACCUUCCCUUACCAGGACCCACACCUUCCCUCACACCGUGGCCCACACCUUCCCUUACACCGCGACCCACACCUUCCCUCACACCGUAA